UGCGUUCCCACUAUACCAGUUCUGCGAUGUGUUCACAAACGAAUCCACGCUACACACACAUUGAUCCAACUCCGACACUCCGAACGACUGCCAACGCUUGCAAUACAAAGCAAGGGUCCGUAACUCAGCACCAAAACUGCACAGCACAUCCGGCAGAUGACGCAACUCGCCAUACAUACCAACCGAUAGUUGCUGCUGAUCCGCUACUCGAACACUCAGAGCCUCACGAACCAACUCCGAGCACUUCAAACGAUCUGUCAACUCCAACAAUGUACGUUCCAAUAAUCCGUUCACAUAACUCGCACUAACCUUAGCAAAGUGGCACACCAACUUACCCAACAACCUCCUCGCAUCCACCACUGUAGGUCUCGACGAUGUAGCCGACCCAAUGGCACCUCCAGUCGACGACACCGUCACCGGAAUCCAACAACCAACACCCACACUCUGCACACCUACAUAACGAUCACUAGCUUACACACCAUCCGGUCUGUGCUCCGUCUUCCCAACAACGUUCCACGACCACUAAUGACCCCACAUAGAAGAUCCACAUUUUUCCUCCACAUUCUCACCA